AUGAAAUUCUACGAACUCCGCGAACCGAUGGCUGCUUUGCCGUUUAUUCAGCGAGUUUUACUAUUUUCAGGCCUACGUGGAUGCCCUCGAGGGCUGCUUCGAUUUGGGCUAAGCUUUUUGGGACCAUGGCUCGUGAUUGGGCUUCCGAAGCUCAUCUUUGGCUUUGGCAGCGAUCUUGGCCUGAAUGUUCGCGGUUAUGCGGAGUUGAUGUUCAUGUGCAACAUUGACGUACGGAUGUUGAUCUUUUUCUGGCAUAGAAAAAAAUUGGAAGAAUUUGUUGAAAUUGUGCAAAGGGCGUUUGAUAAUGUUAGCAUUCUUAGUCCCGAUUCUUCAACGUACAAAAUGGUUCUGAAAUUGAAUCAAAUGAUGGAUAAAAGUGCCAAGAGUUACGUGCUUUAUACCCUUGGAACAAGUGGAGUAUUCCUGGUGCUUUCAGCACUGCAAACCUGUGGAAUCUACUUCAUGAAUCACGGGAAUGAUACUGUUGUACCGAAAUUUGUUACGGCAACUGCUCAUGAAGAAAGCGGUUGGGACGUCGAUGAAAAUAUUGCUUACUGUUUUAUUCAUUUCGUGCUUAUAACUCCGAUGCACUUGCUAUUAGGCCUCCGAUUUGCCACAAUCGAUACAAUGAUAUUCUGCGGGGUUCGAUCUACAAUUUCGUUGUUUAGAUUGGUGUCUGCAAAGUUGGAAAAACUUCACGAAUUUUCUGGAUCAACUUUACGAGAACAAUUUUUUGAUGUUGUGAACCUUCAUGUGGAUGCUUUGAGAUGCGUAAAUAUUUUGGAAACUAUUUUCAGUUUCAUUGUAAUGGUUCAACUUGUCAGUACAGUGAUCAUAUGGAUUGCCAUGGUGCUUUGCGUUAGCAAUAACCCCAACGCAAAUGCUAUUAAUUUGUUCGUCCUUCUCAUUCUUAUAACGGCUCAAUCUUAUUUAUUGUGUCGUCUUGGAACGGAACUCACUGCUGAGAGCUUCGCCGUUGCAACCUCGUCGUACGACUGUCAAUGGAUCCAACUUCCGGCGGAUAUCCGGAGAGGAGUUGGACGGAUCAUGCAAAGGGCCCAAAAGUGGGAAGGAAUUACGGCGGCGCACUUCUUUCAGCUGGAUGUCGAACGAUUUGGGGCCAUGGUGCAAACUUCAUACUCGAUUUUCGUUAUACUGAGGGAGCGAUUGAUGCAUUCAUAA